AUGUCGGCACCUCAUCCACUUCAGCAGUCGCUGGUGAGGCCUCCUUCUCCUGGCACCUCCAGUCUCUCUUCCGAUACCGCAGCGCGCAAGAUCGCCGCAAAUGCCGUCGAGGCGCCAACUUGCCCCAUCGCUUGGGGAACCUGGCUUCGCAAGUAUCAGCUUGGCAAUUGGUGCGAAAAGGUGCCGCCUCAGUCGUCCAUCGAUCCAAGGCAGGCGCUAGCAAAUGACCGCACACCGAAUGCUACCUCUGCCGCUCCUCCUUCCACUCCCCCGACCAUCAUAGAUACCCCAGCUUCCAAUGCAGCACCCGCUCCCGAGUCCGCCAAACUCUGUCAGCCUUUCAAAGUCGCCGACGCGCAUCGCUAUGUCAAGGUUGACGCACAAGCUAUGGUCGACUCCAUGGCUUUCUACAAGGAGAAAGGUUGGCUCGCCGCACCUCCUCUCCCUCGUCGACUCUACCGCCGAGUCGCCGAAGCGCUUCGUCGCCACAGUCUCACAGGUGCACAAGAGCGCGAAGCUCUUCAGCUCUACAUCAAACACGCAAAGGCCGUCUUCAAGUGCGAAUACGCCUCCUUCAUGGUCGAAAGCACCGACGAAGCCUACAUGCUCAUUCUCGCCCAGGACGGCGGUGAUGCUGAAGUUCAGAUGGUUCCCAGAACACUCACCAUCUGCUCUCACGCCAUGCUGCUCCCCGACGACGAGGUGCUCGUUGUCCACGAUGCGAAAAAGGACUGGCGUUUCCGCUCGUGCCCUUCGACCCUCGCAGGCACCGUCACCAACGCAAAGGGGAACCCUAUGAGCUUCUACGCCUCCGCUCCUCUGUUCUUGUCGUACAAUCUCUACGGCAUCGAAGGCCGCGUCCAGGUCGGACGCCUGUGCAUCAUGGACGAACAACCCCGUGAUGACUUCGACGAAACCGCUGCCGACCUCCUCUACGCUAUUGGCAAGAUGGCCGGCGAUGCACUCGAGAAGGAGUUUCAAAGCUCCAAGAAUGCCAAAGCGGCCGAAAUGCAACAACGCACCGGCUCACUCAUCCGUUCCUUGGAAGACGCUUCCUUGACUGCGCAGCUCCGCCACUUCAAUAGCUCGAACGGAUCCACCAGCGAGUCUGGUGACGGUUUCAACCGCUACUCACUUGUCGUCAUUGAUCGUGCCUGCCAAGAGCUGCGAGAAUGCUUCGGAGCCGCUGGCGUCGCCGCUUUCGAUGUCAGCAACUUUCGCUUCCGACGUCAAGCCGCAAAGGGCGGCGUCUCUCCCCGCAAUUCGACCACCUUUUCUCAGCCCACUCUGCCACCAUGGAAGCUCUUUGACGGACACGACCCCGAUGAGCCCAUCACCCCGCCCUCGGAAUCCGUCUCCACGCCCACGUAUAUCGACCCGGACUCGCCCAUUGUCUCGCCUAGCUUGAGCCGCAACAUGUCCCUUAACGAGGCCGGUACCACGCUGCAUGCCAUCGACUUGCGCGAGGGCUCGCCACCCCCGAGCGUCUUGUGCUACAGCGGCCCAGACAGCUGUCGGCCCAACAUGCCAGAAGACAUUGAACGCCUCAAAACCUCAUUUACUAAGCCGCUCGCGCGUAUGGCUUCCGAAACAAAGAUGAACAUCCGAUGCAAAUUCUACCGCAGGCAAGCUGAAUCGAACUUUUCGUCUGACGAGGACGACGAUGAAAAUGCAUCCACCCGGUCCACUGAUCAGGACAAAGAUCCUUGGUCCGAGCUGCUGCCCAUCGACACCCAAGUCAGCUCGUAUGCGGUCUGCGUCUGCUACAAUCGUGCCAAGGCGCGUCCAGCCAUCAUGUUCCUCAUCAUGUUUACCGAUCACGUCUGCUUCGACCGCCAGGAGCGCUUCUUCGUCGAGAGUACCAUGCAGAUCGCGCUCGGAAGCUUGCUGCGCCAGAAGCUCUCCGAGGUGGAUUUCUUCCAGGCCGAGUUCUUGAGGCACGUUCAGCACAAUCUUCGCACGCCCCUCCACGGAGCACUCGGUGCUGUUGAAUAUCUUCGCGCCGCCAUUAGCAAUGACGAUGACGACGACGCGGUCAAGAUCGACCUUUCUGCUGAUGGCGUCCUGGCCACCCUGCUCGAGUCGAUCUCGCUGUCGGGCCUCACGCUCAAUGCCUACAUCGACGAUCUGCUCAGCUUUCAAAAUCUCUCGGGAAUCAAGACCGCCACCACGAUCCCGUCCAAGCCCGUUGCCGCCGAUAUUGUCAAGAUUGUCGAGUCUGUUGCCGAUGAGGAAUGGGAAUUCGCCCAACGUCUCGAUCUGCAAAACCGCCACCUCGAGACAGAUCCUUUCAAGGCACAGGAAGGCCCGCUACGCGGUAUGGAGUUGAUCGUCAAAGCGACGCCAGAGGUGCGCGACUGCGAAUGGAUUGUCGAUGUCAAGUCACUUCAGGACGUCGUACGCAAGACGGUGUCCAACGCGAUCCGCUUUACAAAGCAGGGCUACGUCGAGAUUGCCAUCCGCUUAGCCCCUCCUGGUGCUUUGGACGAGGUAGACGCCAGCAUCCCCGAGGGCUACGUUGCUGUCGAGAUCGAGGUCGCCGACACGGGUGUCGGUAUGACCAAAGAGUUUUGCGCCAAUCAACUCACGCGGCCUUUCAGCAAGGGAGACUCGUUUCGCGAUGGUAUUGGCCUGGGCAUGACGAUCGUCUCGUCGACCUUGCAAAAGUAUGGCGGAAAGCUUUCAGUUGCGUCUGAGCUCAACUUAGGCACGCGUGUCACCAUGUGCAUGCCGCUUCGACCUGGCUCCGCGCAGCACGGUCGGAACGGUUCGACUUCGAGCGCAACUUCGUCCAAAUUUGCUGUCUCCAAGUUGGCCUACUAUGGACUCGAUACGCGUGGUCUGCGCCGCUUGGCUACAGCUAUGUGCGAGCAUUUUGUCGCGUUGGGUGGCAUCGAGAUCACGCGCGACUUUUCCGAAGCCGACUGCAUCGUCUUGCCAGAGCGUGUUGCUUCCUCGUUGGAUGAGGGAGACGACCCUCUGUUGGCGCAGGUCAAGCCGACCGCCAGAUUUGUCACCAUCAGCUCGUCGCAUUUGAUCGUCGAAACGGGCGUGGAGAAGCUCGACGGACGCUCGGUGCUGCCGCUGCCCAUGCCGCAUGGUCCUAGCGCGUUGCGGCUCAUGGAGACUUUCCUAUCGGCCGAGGAGCCACCGCCGAUCCACACGGCCAAUGCUGUUCGCACCAACAAUCAACACCGCGUCAGCGUGACCGAGCUCGGUAUCGCCUCGGGCGCUCGGCGAGUCUCUGGUCAUCGCCAGUCCGCCUCUGUAACAACGGCCACUGUUGGACAAGCCAAGAAGGGCGUUGAUGGUGACGCUCGCGGUUAUGCGGUUGAUGCUGCGCCCACAGUCCAGGCAAAGGCAGGCAGGCCGCACCCUGCGCCGAUCGACACGUCUUCGGCUGCGAUGCACAGCGACGAGUUUCGCGUGCUUGUCGUGGAGGACAAUCCCAUCAACAUGAGGCUGCUGACGACGCUUUGCAAACGACUCGACAUCCGCUACGAGGAGGCGCAUGACGGUGCCGAGGCCGUUGCCAAGUUCAUCUCGUUCCGCCCCUCGGUGGUGCUGCUGGACAUUUCGCUGCCGGUGCAAGAUGGCUUUGAAGCGUGUGCGCAGAUGCGUGCGCACAAUUGGCCUUCGUUUAUCGUUGCCGUUACUGCGCUCAGCUCAGAAGAAGACAAGACCCGCGGCAUCGAAUUGUGUGGGAUGGAUGCAUGGAUGACCAAGCCUGUCUCGCCAAGACAGCUGAAGGGCGAUUUGGAGGCUUGGAGGGACAGGUACGAGUUGAGCAGGAGCGGCAGCGGCAAAGUCAAUGGGAACAUCAACGGAGAUGUGAAUGGCGAGGUGUGA